AACAGCCCGCGCGCUCCUGGGAGCCCGUUGGGAAGCCAUUAACUUGCCUCACUUAGCGUGUGCGGGCUAGGUUUCUAUGCGUUAUUAUUCUAAGACUUAUACCUUGUAAAUAAAAAUAUAGCUCUAUCGUUCAAUCGUUAUCAACGGAUUUGCAAGCAAGUAACGUAACAUCACUAAUCAUGUUAUCGAUUGACGUGUUGUUUAUUUGUUAGUCGAAGAAGGACUGUGUAAGAUUUUAAACAUUUUCUCAACUAAUUGUAAAGUAUAAAAGAAAACAACAGCAAAAUGACUAUGACGGAAAAGCUAAAAGUUACUCAAAACGCGCCCAUGAGGCCAAUGCAUACCAUGCCAAAGAAAUCUCGUAAUGAAAUGAAUGUAAGGCAACUACUCAAAAAGUGUGAAUAUAUUGCUAAACAAGAGCCCGUGGAUAGCAACUGGAGGUUAAAACAGUAUGUAGAAUCGUUGGUCAAGAUGAACGCUGAACUUAAAACUGACCCUGAUAAGCCUGCAAAAGACGUAAUGGCAGAUUACACAAAAAGAAUCAAUUUCCUAAAGGGCUUGGUACAGUCUGCAACAUUGAACAAUCCAAUUGAAAAGUUAGAAGCUGUUCAACUGCUGCCUCAUGGAACAGCCUGUGCGGACACACCAGCCCAAGAAAUACAUCAAAAGACCGUUGCUAAAUAUGGAACAGAGCUACGAUCUGAACUAUUUGGAUUAGACGACAGCGAUGACACACUACGAAAACGCAACAUAAUUAAAGCUCCAAACUUUACCAGCAACAGUACAAGCCAGGAAGACAUUGAUACGCUUCUCAAGUACCACCAAAACAUGCAAGAAAAAGUUGCUGAAAAUAUGGUCAUGUUGACUAAAAGCCUGAAAGAACAAUCACAGAUUGCUAGCACUAUUAUUAAAGGAGAUACUGAGGCCCUAAAAAAGUCGUCAGAGUUGACAGAUACGAAUGUAUCUUCACUACAAGCGGAGUCGGAGCGGCUUGCAGUUCACAGUCGCGGCGCGUGGAAGUGGUGGCUCUGGAUAGUCUUGGCUCUCGUCAUGAUCAUCUUUAUUAAUAUGGUCUUGUUCAUGAAAGUCGCGAAAAAGAGUAAGUGAAUAAUUUAACAAGUAGGUGCACAUGACAUAAAUUAUUUAGCUUCAUAUCUACAGCAUAAUAAAUAAUGUUUAUUAUAUGUAUACUACGCAGUAAAAAUAAUGUAUACUUUUAAUACCUAUUUGUCGCUAUAAAAAUAUUGAGUACUUACCAUAGUUAGUGUAUAUUCUUGAAUGUAACUAUUAUUGUAAAUAUUUUAUAAAUAAAAGUAUUUGUGUGGAAUUCCUGAGGAUUUGAUAAAAGAUAGGACAACAUUUGCUCAUGGAGUGUAUUCGGACGGAAC